GCGGCGGAUCCCCGGCAGCAGCGGCUCCCGGGAGCGGCGGGCGCGGGGCUCGGCGCUGCCCGCCCGCCGGGGAUGCGCUGAGCGGCCGGCCCGGCUCGGAGCCGCCCCGUGCAUGCUGUGGGGAUACACUGUCGCGAUAAUAAAUGAUAGAGGAUACCAUGACUUUGCUGUCUCUGCUGGGUCGGAUCAUGCGUUACUUCUUGCUCAGACCGGAGACCCUGUUCCUGCUGUGCAUCAGCCUGGCCCUGUGGAGUUAUUUCUUCCACACGGAUGAGGUGAAAACCAUUGUUAAGUCCAGCAGGGACGCGGUGAAGAUGGUGAAGGGCAAGGUGGCCGAGAUCAUGCAGAAUGACAGGCUCGGGGGGCUGGACGUGCUGGACGCUGAGUUCUCCAAGACCUGGGAGUUCAAGAGCCACAACGUGGCUGUCUACUCCAUCCAAGGCCGGAGGGACCACAUGGAGGACAGGUUCGAAGUGAUCACCGACCUGGUGAACAAGACUCACCCCUCCAUCUUCGGGAUAUUUGAUGGGCACGGAGGAGAGUCGGCAGCAGAGUACGUGAAGUCCCGCCUGCCCGAGGUCCUGAAGCAGCACCUUCAAGACUACGAGAAGGACAAGGAGAACAGUGUCCUGUCCUACCAGACCAUCCUGGAGCAGCAGAUCUUAUCCAUUGACCGGGAAAUGCUGGAAAAGCUGACGGUGUCCUACGAUGAAGCAGGCACGACGUGUCUGAUCGCGCUGUUGUCCGACAAGGAGCUGACCGUGGCCAACGUGGGCGAUUCCCGAGGGGUCCUGUGUGACAAGGAUGGCAAUGCCAUCCCCCUGUCCCACGACCACAAGCCCUACCAGCUGAAGGAGAGGAAGAGGAUCAAGAGAGCUGGCGGCUUCAUCAGCUUCAACGGCUCGUGGCGCGUGCAGGGGAUCCUGGCCAUGUCCCGCUCCCUGGGGGACUACCCCCUGAAGAACCUCAACGUGGUGAUCCCCGACCCCGACAUCCUCAGCUUUGACCUGGACAAACUGCAGCCAGAGUUCAUGAUCCUGGCCUCUGACGGGCUGUGGGACGCCUUCAGCAACGAGGAGGCCGUGAGGUUCAUCAAGGAGCGCCUGGACGAGCCGCACUUCGGGGCCAAGAGCAUCGUCCUGCAGUCCUUCUACAGGGGCUGCCCCGACAACAUCACGGUCAUGGUGGUGAAGUUCAGGAGUAGCAGCAAAGCAGAGGAGCAGCAGUGAGCAGAGGCUCCCUCUGGACUCGGCACGCACGCAGCGGGAAGCUCGAGUGAAAGCCGCUCGGAUCGUCCGCGGGAGGAGCGGAUCCCUCCGGCCUCCGUUCCGUGCUUGACACCGGGAGCAGUACAACCAGUCCACGCUGAGCAGUGACAGCAGUUCAGUUUGCCCAUGUUGCCCCUGCCUCCUGUGAACCUCGCUGCUCCUCCAGAACUCACUGGAACCUUCCAUUGCACCGUUUUCUUUCCGGAUCCCGUGCGGUUCGACCGCUCCCCUCCCGUUUCUGACGCUCCAGGGUGGGUCCAGCUGCACGGCAGGGUCAGGGCAGUGCUGCUGCUUUUCCCCAGAGCUGGCACUGCCCAUGUUCCUCAUCCCUUUAAGCCACAGUGAUAAGGCUGAACAGGAAAAGGUUGGUGAUUUUUUUGGCCUCUGGCAUGAAGGAGGAAGAGGAGCCAACUCUGCCCCUGCUGCCACACUCUUGGCUCUCUCGCUUCAUUUAACCUCCUCCCCCCACCCCAGUAAAUCCCUGCCAAGCAUGUGAGUAGGUAGAGCUGCUGAAUUACCUGAAGCCACAAGUUUAUCCAGGCUGUGCAUUACUCUGUAACAGUUCUAGGCCAUAUUGUAUCCAAACCAACUGAUGGCAGAGUUCAGCAAAAUACUCUGAGGUUCUGACACCUCCUGGAUGAGAAAAGAGCUCAGCUGUGAGAGCAGAAUGUCUGUCCUGCACCAGGAGUCACCCUGACCUUAUUUUGGACUUGGCAAGCGAAAUGCAAGGUAAAAUUAAUGUCAUUAGUGACUGUUGGGAAACUCAUCAAAGCAGGGCUUUCCUCAGAGCUACCCCAGUCAGGGCUGUCCAGGUGGUUAUCCCUGGUACCAACUGCAGAUGGAUUCGUGGUGUUCAUCCCGGGGCAGAACCGUGUUUUGGGAUAAUGUACAAAUGCCAGGCAGCAGUAGAGAUGAAAGGUUGUGUUAAAUCUAGAGAAAAGCCUGCUUAGAUCUAACUUUCAGUAUUGAAUUGUAUUUUGGAACCUGGGACUGGUGUAAGUUUGUUCUGCCCGUGGUAACAACUGCAGAGGGGCAGGGUUGUGUGAGAUGAACAGACCAGGCUGGAUAAUUGUAAUAAUCCUUGGAAUCUCCCUGCAAAACGUGGUCCUGGACCAUCUGCUCAAGGUUCAGGGUGCUGGAGGUUGUUGGUGUUUGGGUCUGGAGGGGAAUCAGGGAUCUGCUGCAUUAACUGGCAUUGCCUGUUCUUGGGUGCUGAGCAGGUCUGAGUCUCUCAAGGAGAAAAAUCAAAGAGCAUAAAAUUCCUGCUCGAGAGGGAAUUUCCAUCUUAGUCUUUCCAGUUUUGUUCCUAGGUCACCUCUUCCCCAAGGAACCUCCCUCCUUUAAUUUGCUGGGGAUAAUCACAGCUCUCAGUUGGAUCUGUUGCCUUUACCAGGGCUGUCCAAAAUGUGUAGGGGAUCCCCUUGGCAGCCUCUGCUCAGCCCACACUCCAGGUAGAGCCCUUUCAAAAGUGGAAAGCAGGAGAGGGAAGUGUCCAGCCCUGCUCCUUCCCUAGAGGAUGGGAGGCUCCUGACUUUUUUAAUCCCUUGAGCAGUGACUUGGCAAUGCAGCUUGGCAGCUCCAUCGAGCAGCUCCCAGGAAACCUCAAAAACUGCACAGCACUUCAGUUAUUUUGGUUUGAAAAGGUAUUUGAGGUCAGAAGGCUGGGAAAUGCAAACCUGGGGUGGCAUUUCCAUGGGAGUGCUCAGUCCUGGAGCCAGGAAUGGCACAGCAGCAGAGUCAGAGCUCCAGGCAGAGCCUUUCCUGUGUCCUUCACAGGAGAGGUCCCAUUGCACCAGCUUUGCUGUGGAGGGCACAGCCUGGGGAGCUGCCAGGAGAGAAGGAGAAUCCCUGAGGGAUCCAUGACCUUCUCCUGAGCAUCCCUGAGGGAUCCAUGACCUUCUCCAGAGCAUCCCUGAGGGAUCCAUGAGCUUGGCUCACUGGCUGUGCUCCAGCACUCGUGACAGACAGGAAAACGAGGUGGCAGGAAUUCCCAGCCAUGAGGGAGCAGUGGGAGAGUGGCUCCCUCUGGAAGCAAACCCUGCUCUCGGGAUUUAGGAAAGCAGUGCAGUGCAGGACAGAAGGGGUUUGCCUGGAUGUUUAUUCCAGGAUCAUUCCCUCUGUCACUCCCAGCCCCUCCAGGCAGGCACCAAUCAGCCCUGCUCCAACCUUCCAGUGUCUGCAGCUGCAGCAAGAGCUGCUGGAGCAGCUUCAGCUUCCUCUGCAGCCUCCUCUCCCCAUCCCUCAGCACCAUCCUGGCCACCCAGGCCAACAAUCUCUGUCCAGCCUGGUGACUUGGGCUUUUAUUACUCUAAAAAACAAGUUUCAGCUGCUUUAGGUUGGAAGCUGCAGGCCUGGAGGAGGUGAGAGGCUCCCUGUGCUCUCCCAGCUCCAUGCCCAGUGCCCAGCAGUGCUCUCUGCUGCCAAUCCUCAAAGCUUCUCCCCCAAACCUCCACUGAACUUCGCUGAUUUGUGCCAAAUCCCGUCGUGACACAGCUGGGGGACGGCGAGGGUGAGUGAUGCACCUUUUUGCUGAUGCCACCUGAACAAUCCAGGGUUCUCCCACUGCCUUAACCUCCAUCCUCCAGCUGGGAAGGGUUGCCCUGGCACGAGGGGUUCCUCCCACCUGCUCUGCCUGCUCUGCUGCCUGGGCACCUCUCCAGAGAAAGAGCUGCCUCCUGGGGACAGUGGCCAGGACACAGCUGGGAGCUCCUCUUGCCAUGGAAGUUCUUUGGAGCCCGAGUGGCUCUGUUGGGGACAUCGGUGCCCUCGGGAAGAGCCUCCCGGGGCACAGAACUGAUGGACUGAGUUGCUGCCAAAGAGCAUCUUUCCCGUGGUCCAACGUGACAAAAUGUACCUUUGUCAGUAGUUCAGCUGGUCCGGUGCUCGAGGAAUUGGGGCUGUUCCCUGUGGGAUGUCACAAGGUCCCAGUUAACUCACGUGGGACGUGUCAAUGUUCGGUGAUCAGGACUGGGAUCGUGGAUUGCCGUGGAGUUCGUCGCUCUGAUCACACACUGUGGGGAGGUUCAGACAGGUUGAUCCUUCCUGGAAUUCCUGGGAGGGCUGGGACUCUCCCUGCCUGUGUUGGUGGCACUGUGGCUCCGUCUAGUGGCCCGAGCCCGCCCUGGCACUGGGAACGCCGCAGCAUUCCCUGCAAUUCCACAGCAGCUCUCCCGGCCCCUGUGGCAAAACGGGAGGGAUUUCAAGUCCCCCCUGCCCCUUGUCUCCCAGGCUGGAGUCAGGAGUUCGUUGCUCAUCUCAGGGCUGGCAGGAGACAUGGUUUUGUUUCACACCAAACUCAUCCCACAUCGUCUUCUGUCGCACCGUCCGGCACCAGGCACAGGGAGCUCAUCCCCCAGGGUGGCACAGGUGACACUGUGAGGGUGGCAUCACCUCCACUCCUAAAAGGUCUGAAAAUACCCAAUUUGACACGAAUGAGCCAGUUUUACUGAGAGAUUGUUUAGAUUUCAUAUAAAUAUAAAUAUAAAUAAGGCAAAUGCCAUCCAGCAUCAUGGACUGCCCACUGACUUGGGGUGCUGCUGCUGUUCUUCCAGAGUUUAAACCAUUGACAGGGAUAAAAGUAAAACAUUGGGAAGGUUUUAGGCUCCAGAAGUUAGAACUGAAGUGCUGCAUCAGCUGCCUCUCAGGACACAGGACAGCCCUGCUUUAAAUAAUAUGGAUAUAUUGCUAACAUAGCUGAUACUUGUUUCACACAGAGAGCCAUUUAGUGAGUGAUUUUACUACAAAAAAACCCCACAACUUACCAGCCUUUCGUUUCCCAAAGGAGGUUUUUUAGGCCUCUGUACAAAAUUCCAAGUUUACAAUUGAGGGUGUUCUGCUGGAAUUUGGCAACUGCAGAGCCCGGAGCUGCUGCCCCUUGGUGAGCUCCAGAUAUUCAGAAAUGACCUUUCUAAACCUGAGGACUCAGCAAAAAAGAAAGAGAUCUACACAGUUAAUACUGAUUUGGAGUUUAAUUGGUUUUAUUUCCACGGUGCUGACCAGGCAAGGUUUAGGGAAGCAGCUGGUUUAGAGUUCUCCCUCAGGUAACUCAGAGUUCUGCUGGGUGGUCUGGGUGCUCUGGUAAGCAAAUGGAUGCAGCUGAAGCCUUUCUAGAACCAUAAAUAAGAGGCUCAGGGGCAAUUCUUGAGGAAUUUAAAACCCCACUUCCAUGGGUUUCCUGGAUUAGGUCAGUUCCUGUCUGCUCAGUCCUAAGGAAGAUGGAAUGAGAUGGUCUCGAAGGUCCCUCCCAACCCAAAGCACUCUGUGAUUCUGUGAAUGAGUUAAAAAUAGGGAAAUAAAGCACUUUUCCCCUGCAUUGAAAUGGCCAACCCUUUAGGGAGGCAAUUUUUCCAAAGCUCAAACCCACCUGCCUUUAACAGGGCAAACUCCAGAGUGGAGCAGCUCCAGAGGGAACAGGAGCAGGGGCUGGAAAAUCACCUGUGAGCCCUCAGUGUGUGAAUUAUUCCACCCAGGGUGUGUUUGGGUUGGAAAGAACCUUAAAGGUUGUUUAGUUCCACUCCUGCCACGGGCAGGGACACCUUCCACUAUCCCAGGUUGCUCCAGCCUGGCCUUGGACACUUCCAGGGAUCCAGGAGCAGCCACAGCUUCUCUGGACAACUGUGCCAGGGCCCCCCAACCCUCCCAGGGAGGAAUGAGAUCCCUAUCAAAUCACAAGUACUUGGAAUUCUGAUUUACUACAGCUUUUAAACAACUUACUGCAUAAGAGGAAAAAAACCAACCAAACAAACAAAACUUAGGAUCUGGAAAAAUUUUAGGCAUUUUUAGUACACUAUUUUAGGCAGAUGCAAUAAAAUUUGGGCCCACCCCUGAGUUCAGUUCUUAGAUUAGCUCAUGGUCUGCAGGUUUUUCACCUCUUGCAUGGCUGCUCAUGCUAAAAACUUCCCUAAUCAUGGCUUUAAGCGGAAACAGGAGCUUAGUUAGGAAUUUUACAUUUAGGAACUUUACAGCAAUAAUAAGGUCAGACUCAAAUACAAACCAAAUUUGGAAAGGUUUGGGUUUGUUGUUUUUUUUUCAGAAAACCAGGGCUGUUUUCCAGUGGGAUUUGUUGCAGAGUCGCUGUCGCUGCAGAUGACAAUUCAUUUCAAACUGAUCAGUGUGUACAAACCCUGAGCAGUGUCAGCACUUGGGGCACAUAAACCCCAAAGAGCUGCAGGUUUGAUAGGUGUGUGUCUGGUCCUCUGUGACCCUCCUUUCUCCCUCACCAGGAGCACUCUCUGCUUUAUCUGUUUUCUGAAGCCUGCAGAGCCACAGUUCCAUUUUUGGGGGGGUGGGGAAGCAAUACAGACUGUGCUGCAGCAUCAGCGUUCUUGUGGCAAAUAAUUUAUUUCUGAACAGGCAGCAUGGCAGGCUCCUGAAAAACAGAGGGGGGUGGGUUCUGAGGUGUAAAAACAAUCGAAGAACAAGGCAGAUGUUUCUCACAGAGCUCUCAGGAUCUGCCCACAGAGCAAUCAAAUCCCAGAUCCCAAACCCGUGGCACAGCUGUCCCUGUUUCUGGAAACACAGGAGCAUCCUUCCCUCACUCACCCAACACUGUAUCUUCAGCUAUUUAACAACAACAAAAAACACCCUUAUUUUUUAAAAACUUUGAGCUUAACACCCACCCUUAGAACACUGACAUCUUGUCUGGAGAGUGAUGUCCCCAAACCCUCACUUUUAUACCUAAAAAUCCUGCGAUCCCCACCCCACCCCAAGCCCCACGUGCAGCUGUUUGGAAAGAGCCAAACUCAAUCCUGCCCACAAGGGAAUGAAGGCACUGGUGAAACCUCCCCCCCGUGGUUCCUGGAGGUUUCUGCACCUCUCUGUGGUUUGUCUCGAGGAGACACUGUGGAAUUCUGCCAGGCAAAAACAAAAAUCCCUGGGAAUGGGAGCUGCUCCGUGGCCAGGAUGUCACCGUAGUCUCCUCCCCGUGUAGUGGAUGUGUCCAGAUUAAUUAUGUUCAUGCAACUGCAAAUUCUGUAUUGUUGUCUCUUAGAAGUGUAAACUACUGAAAACUGGGCCUUGCUGAUUAUGAAUAAAGUGAUUAAAAACCGGUCUUUACACAUA